UUCAUUUCUAUGUUGAUGGGAAAAAACGACAACAUUAUGCAAUAUUAAAAGUUCUGUAGAAUUAAGUCGGCGUAGUGAUCACAACAAAUUAGUCGGUAGAACAAUUUUGGAUAUUUUAGUGGAAUUUUUCAUCUGUCAAAGUGGCGCCAACAACAGAUUCAGAGAUCAAUUCUUCGGACAGCAUGGCUGCCAGGAAGAUGCUAGAGAAUCCGAUCUCGAAAAAGAUCGGUGAAUCCGUUCUACCUCGACCCUGUCCCGUUCCUGCCAGUAGCGCAGAGACAGUUUCGAUACCUGAACAGAAGCAUAAAAAUGGAGGUCCAAAACCUGCGCAAAAGAUUCUCGAGCUGAAAGACAUGCCAGGACCUUGGCCUUCCAUCCCAUUCAUCGGCACCAGUUGGCAAUAUUUUAGAGGAGCUCGGUACCAUAAUAUGAAUAUGUACAAGUGCAAUGAAGACAAAUAUCGGCGUUAUGGACCCGCGGUGAAGGAGGAAUUCCAGUGGGGCAAACCUGUGGUCCAGUUGUUCGACCCAGAGGACUUCGAGAAGGUCUUUUGCAAACAAAGUAGUCAUCCAAUUCGACAGAUAAUGGAAUUUGUAGUACAUUAUCGUCGUAAUCAUCCAGAGAAGUACGACAGCCCCGGACUAGCCAAUGCACUGAACGAGGAGUGGUUCAGAUUGAGAAAUAUCAUUACUCCAGUUCUGUCAAAGCCUCGAGCCAUCAAGUUUCUAACCAGCCGCAUGGACUCCGUCGCUGACGAUUUUUCGGCUCUUUUACGAAAGAGCAGAAAUCCCGAUACCUUAGUGAUCGAUAAUAUACAAGAUCUUGCGUACAGGAUGGCACUGGAAGGUGUGUAUAUGAUGAGUCUGGAUGCCCGGUUAGGAUGCUUGGAUCCCAAUCUUCAAGACAACAGCGCAGCAUCGGACAUGAUUUUAUCCGUCAAGUUGCUGUUCGAAGCUUUCCACGAACUUUUCUAUGGGCUCCCCUUGUGGAAGUGGUAUGAAACGGAAUCCUACAAGAAAUUGGUUAAGGCCGAAAGCCUUAUGUACGAGGCUACCAGCAGGCAGAUCCAGGAAGUAAUAGAGAAGCUCCGGAAGGAUCCGGAUGACGAUGAAGAGGGAAUACUGAGGACGCUGAUCAAGAAGAACGAGCUAACAGAUCAACAACUCAUCGUUUCUGUCAUAGAUCUGCUAUCUGGAGGCAUAUUCACGGUUGCGAAUGCAUUUAGCUUCUUGGUAUAUCACAUUGCUACUAACCCAGAUGUUCAAGAGAAACUUUACGCGGAAUUGACUUCAGUUAUGGCCGAUUCAGAAGUCACGAAUGAACGAUUGGACCAACUUCGUUACCUGAAAGCUUGUGUAAAAGAAGCGUUCAGAUUGAGUCCAACAAUCCCUUGUGUGAAUAGGAUCUUGACGCAAGACAUGGUCCUCUCGGGUUACAAGGUUCCGGCAGGGACCGAUGUCUUUUGCAAUUUUAACGUUGCCUGUUUGCAACCAGAUGCAUUUCCAGAACCCCAGCGAUACAAUCCGGACAGGUGGUUAGGGGACAGGUCUGAGCGACCCUACAGCCGUUUUGCCUUAUUGCCUUUCGGGUAUGGAAGACGAGUGUGCAUCGGAAAGGCCUUCGCUGAAAUGGAAAUGCACACAGCUCUUGCUAAAUUGGUGUACAAUUUCAAACUUGAGUAUGUUGGAAGCGAGUUGAAACUCAAAGCAGCUUUCAUCAACGUGCCUGCCAGUCCAAUAUCGGUCAUUCUGCGAGAUCGAUAAGAGAAUGCCAGCUUGAAACCGUAAUCUUUUUUUGUAAGAUGAACAUUAACUAUGUUGUGCAGUUUAGGAAGAUCUUCAGAAUGUUUUAUUGGUGGGAAAAAAUAGACCUGCCAAAUGUUUUUAUUGUGUAGGAUUGACUGUAGAAUAAUAUAGAUCAAUAUUUUAAUCUUUAUUUUAAAGGUUUGUAGCAUUUAUGUAUAUAUUGUGAAUACUUCUAUAGCACUUGUUCUUAAGAGUACAUUAGCAUUUAAAACUGUCAAUAUAUCUUUAAAUACUGUAAAUGUUUGUAGACUUCUCUCAUUCAUGCAUAAAAAUGAGAAGUUUAAUAGGUUUUUAAUUUUUCUAUACAGCAUGUACUGUUGUAUUUUAUAUUUGAAAUAUCUAUUCAAUUUUUAUGAUCUUAAUAAACAAUUUUUGCAUACAGUA